CCAGGAGUGGGGCGCGGACGCCCGAGCCGGCCCGCUUCGGGAUGGGGGUUACCGCGGAGCCUUAGUAGCUGGGGUCUGUCGUGGGUUUGAGGGCAGGGGUCCGGGGAAUGGGCGUGUCCCGCACCCAGACACUCGCUACCCUCUCUCCAGGGGAGACGGUUUUUAAACAUGACAAACCCAGCGAGGUUAUGGAAAUGAGUGUAUGCAACUUCGCUCCUUCCUGGCGCCCAUAGGUGGACAGUCACACACACACGCGCGCACACUCGCGCGCGUGCACUCUUUGGGGCCGACUUUGCAUCCCCGCGCCUGGCCUCCGGCGUUGGGGAGGGCGCCCCCGGGCGCGCCGGGCACUGGGAUUAAGCCCCAGGGCUUUGCUGGGCUGUUUGUUUUCCGAGGUCGUUGCGUCCCGGUGGGUUCCUGGAUGACCAUCCUGGCUGGCUCAAUAUUUCCUCUAGAUUACCUGCGACCACACCCAGGAACCCAGCGGCUGACGCUCCUUUUCCCACCCGCACAGGUGGCCUCGAGGCGGUGGCAGGGCCGCCCCCUGCAGUCCGGAGGCAAGCGCACUAACCCGGCCUCCGGAGGAAGGUUCAGCUGGGAGAAACCGCUCUCGCUUCGUGCUACACUUGGGCAAAAUGAUUCUGAGCUUACUCACAUGGCAUUUUGGCAUAGCAAAAUGAAAUGCAAGGAACCAAAAAUAACAUAAUUGAAGGCAGUAAACCCGAAAUUAAAUAGAAAGAUCAUCAGUCCAGGAAGACCUACCGGAGAGUAUGGAAAAUAAAAGAAGCGGUGUUUUAUGUGCAUUUCAGCAGGUCUUCUUGAAAUUUAACUGAAAAUAUGACUGCUCUCUUUUCAGAGAACUGCUCUUUUCAGUACCAGUUACAUCAAACAAACCAGCCCCUAGAUGUUAACUGUCUGCUAUUCUUGAUCAUACUUGGGAAAAUAUUACUAAAUAUUCUCACACUAGUAAUGAGAAGAAAAAACACCUGUCAAAAUUUUAUGGAAUAUUUUUGCAUUUCACUAGCAUUCGUUGAUCUUUUGCUUUUGGUAAACAUUUCCAUUUUAUUGUAUUUCAGGGAUUUUGUACUUUUAAGCAUUAGAUUUACUAAAUACCACAUCUGCCUAUUUACUGAAAUUAUUUCCUUAACUUACGGCUUUUUGCAUUAUCCAGUUUUCCUGAUAGCUUGUAUAGAUUAUUGCCUGAAUUUCUCCAAAACAACCAAGUUUUCAUUUAAGUGUCAAAAAUUGUUUUAUUUCUGUACAGUAAUUUUAAUUUGGAUUUCAGUCCUUGCUUAUGUUUUGGGAGAUCCAGCCAUCUACCAAAGCCUGAAGCCACAGAAUGCUUAUUCUCAUCACUGUCCUUUUUAUGUCAGCAUUCAGAGUUACUGGGUAUCAUUUUUCAUGGUGAUGAUUUUACUUGUAGCUUUCAUAACCUCUUGGGAAGAAGUUACUACUUUGGUACAGGCUGUUAAGAUAACUUCCUAUAUGAAUGAAACUAUCUUAUAUUUUCCUUUUUCAUCCCACUCCAGUUAUACUGUGGGAUAUAAAAAAAUAUUCUUAUCCAAGCUCAUUGUCUGUUUUCUCGGUACCUGGUUACCAUUUGUACUACUUCAGGUAAUCAUUCUUUUAUUUAAAGCACAGAUUCCCGCAUAUAUUGAGAUGAAUAUUCCCUGGUUGUACUUUGUCAAUAGUUUUCUCAUUGCUACAGUGUAUUGGUUUAAUUGUCACAAACUUAAUUUAAGAGACAUUGAGUUACCUUUGGAUCCAUUUGUCAACUGGAAGUGCUGCUUCAUUCCACUUACAAUUCCUAAUAUUGAGCAAACUGAAAAACCUCUAUCAAUAGUGACUUGUUAAUAUUAUGAAGUAAAAGUUACAACUAUAAUAAGGUCAUAAUUUUACAAACAAAGAAUUCAGGACAUAUUAAAAAAUAAACUGAACUAAAGCUUUGCCCCUUAACUUUGAUACCUUUUCAGAAUGUAUCUUUUGGGGCUAUGAUACUACUUAUUAAAUAGUGUUUCAUUUUAAAAACAAAAGAAUUCCAAGAAGUUUUUAUACUUAUUAAGGGACACUAUAUUAAUUUGUUAUUAACACGAAAAGUGAAAUGAGUUAACAUUUGGCCAUACUGAUGUGUUACCCCAAAAAAACUACCGGAUGUAAAUCUGAGAUUUCACUGACCACUUUAAGGUAUCAACCUAAAUAAACGUUUUUAUUAAAUGUUCAAAUGACAGCAAGAAAAUAAAAACUGUUCUUAAAAUGAUUUGGUAUAAAGUUCAAUGUAAGAGGAAGAUUAGCUCAUUUUAAAUUUACCUAAUUUUAAAAAGUAGAUCUCUGUUCUUAAUGCAAAUGUUCCUGGAAGAAGAGUUUUGGUUGCUCACCUUACGGAAUUGGGAGUAGUGGCUAGGUCUCUUUCCAUGACUCAGCAGAUUCAUUUUCAUAUUAUAACUCAUGUAUCACAUACUUGCAUGUUACAUCAUAAUCGCAUUGGCAAUGUAUCACACGUAAAAGCAGACAUUCCUCGGCACUACUGACAGACAUUUGGGGUUGGUUAAUUUUCUGUUGUGGGGCAGUUUAGCGGCAUCCCUGCCCUCCGCCCACUAGAAACAAUCAAUCAAAAAUGUCUUCAGACAUGGCCAGACCUGUCCUGGUGGAUGGGCAGAGUUGCUUCAUUGGAGUAAAACAGUAUGACUGGCAGAAUAAUCUUAAGUUACUUUAGGAAUUAAGCUAUAUAGAUAUUUUUAUCACCAUUUAUAAAUACUAUAUUACAUAAAUCUAAACCUAGCUUUUCCUAAAUUUGUGGCUUUUAUAUUUAUGGAAAGAUAUAUUUUUAACAUGACUCAUAGAUUAAUAUGUACAUGUUUGUGUGUCAUAACAAUACUUACCCUUACAUAUCAUGCAAAUUCAUGCAAAUAUGUUUUUUGGUGUCAUUUUUAAAAUGCUUGUUGUGAUUCACAAAAUUGAAUUCAUGAUCCACAAAUAGUUUCUUUCCAUUAUUUGAAAAAAUGUCCUAUAACAAGUGCUAUGGAACAUGAAUAAUAGCAAAAAGAUUUAGGAAACGUUUCCUGUGUGCCCAGUACUGUUAUCAUCCCCUUCUUACACAUGAGAAAAUUUAAACAUCAAAAUUAAGAAACUCACUAUCAUACAACUAGACAUUGGGGAAGCUGGGAUGCAAACCCAGAAUUCUGAUCCAGAGUUCUUGCUCUUUGCCACUAUAUUACACUGCCUUUCAUUGGUGCCACCGACUGUUCUCAAAAGAAUAGGUUGUUUGAGAGUCAAAUGUGAAGACUGUUCUUUCUUAAUUAUUUUUCACCUGAAAAUAUCCAAUGCCCAUGAACAUGUUAAGGCUUUAUAGGGCUAUAAUGAAUAAGUCUUUUUAAUUAGUUCUACCCAUCUGUAAAGACAAGUUGAAAUGCUGCUGGGCAGUCAGUCAGGAAUUCUUCGAAUAGCAUGUAAUACAAACUCACCCUGAGCCAUUCUAAGAACAAGCUGGAUACUGGAAACAACUUGGUAAACUACCAGGAGAAUCUCUGAGUUGUCGGUUUCCAUUUUGUGUGUCCACAAAGUGGGUGUUCUGGCUGCCAGCAUCUCAGGGCUUUUAUAAUUCCAACUUAAAGCAUCUCUAACUUCAAAUAUACAGUCCCAGGGAAUGACUGUUCAACCUGACUUCAGUGAUAUGUCCACCUCUCUAUGAUCAGGGUCUGUUAACAGAAGACACGGCAGGGAAGAGAAAUAACCACUAUAAUGGCUGGUACACUGUUAAAAAAUACUUAGAGAAAACGAGAAUAAAAAUGACAUUAUUCUAUAAAAACCAAAUGAGAGACAAAGUUUAGGAUAAGUAAUCCUAUGUUUGAGGGAACAUCAGGGUGUGUUUAAACAGUUUAGAACAUUUAAACCCGGCCCUCUUUCCUUCUGUUACUUUCUCCUCUAAAUAUAUUGCCUUCUAGUUGUUGGCCAAAUAUGGGAAUGAAAUAUGUUUAAAUAUAUUGAACUUAGUAAAAACUUAUACUCUGCAGAUUUUAAAACCAUUUCAAAUCUCACUGAGCUUUUGUUUACACAGAGGAUUCCCCAUGUCUCAUAAGCUUAAAGAAAAAAAAUUAUUGAAUAGACCAGCCAAAUGGAAGAGGCUUUUAUUUGUAAAGAAAUGAACUUACAACUGGUCUACAAUAUAUUAUUGUAAUAUAAACAAUAUAAAUAAAUGAUCCUGUAGGCCCACUAAUCUUCCAUCCAGACCCACAUGAAGCAAUGUUAACAAUAUUCUAUAUGAAAAUGUGCAGGUAACAAAGGUGCAAUUACAAGCAAGUUAAGCAGCAGAGUAUAAGGUGCUUUAAUUUAAUAGUUAAUGUUGCCAUCAACAAACAUUUAAAUGCUCAAUUUACCUCACUGAAUACAGACACAACAAAUAUGAAAAUCUAAAUUCAUACACAUGCUACUUAAUAUGAAAGUGCUUUCUCUUUUUU